AAAUUUUGACAAAAAUAAAUAAAUAAAAACAGUCUGCAAACUAGAGUAUCAUUAUUUUGUCAGAUUAUUUUUUAAUAGAGAACCCACAGUUUUGCACAACUCGUGAUAAUUGCAGGUUUAGCAUUGUUUCUACAUUUUUUUUUGUAACUACUUUACAGAUAAGUUAUUCUUGUGAUGUGACAAAACGCUGAGACCAAACUAUCUGUCAGACAAAACCGACAAAGGAGGAUGACAUGAAAUGAUGAAGCUGCAGGUUCAUUGUUAUGCCUCACAAAGUUUUUUAAAUUUAGAAUUAUUAUUAGAAAGACAAACUAAAAUUAUCCUUUCUUCUUUAUAAUAGAUCGAAGAAGGGAUUCGGAAAAAAAACGUAAUGGAACCUCAGAUAGAAGAGAAAAAGAUGUGAAGCGUGAUGAAGUGAAUUCUUCUGGAAGUAAAGAAGACAGGUCAAGAGAAGGCCAUAGUAAGUACUAUGACCACCAUGAAAUGAAACCUGAGCCAAAAUCGGAAGUCAAAACAUCUAAAGAGAAAGCACCCUCCAAGAAGCCCGAAGAGCCUGAAAUGAUGGAUGUUACAAAAGAAAAGUCAAAUUACAAGGACACACCACCAAUAAAUAACAUUAAUCAUACUCCAGACGUUCGACAAGAUGAUACAGGAUUUACUGAAAAUGAUGUAGCACACAAUGCAUCACAAAGUCCUGUUAAAACGGAUGCUACUAAGUCAGUCAGUAUCGAAAGAAAAAAGAAAAGGCGAAGGCAUGUUAGUUCUUCUUCAGGAAGUUCAAGCAGUGAGAGCAGCAUUUCGUCUAGCAGUUCUAUUUCAAUGGAACGGAGAAAACGGUCAAAAAGGUCUCUUACUGUGGCAAAGAAAUAUUACCACCGGGGAAAACUCGUCAAGGUAGUUAAAAAGAAGAAAAAUAAAUCUUCAGAUUCUGAGAGUUUUUCCGAAAGUUCAGACUCAGACAGGCGAAGACGAAAGCCUAAAUAUAAAAAAAUUGUCAAAGUAAUUAAAAAAAGGCGGCAUGCCAGCUCAGACGAUAGUGAAAGCGAUUCUUCCAGUUCAGACGAUUCUGAGGAUGCAAGCCGAAGAAGAAAAAGGAAGAAAAAACACGAUAAGUACAACAGGAAAAGGAGGAAGGACAGUUCAAAAAGGAGUAAAAAGAAAAAGGCUCAUGGUUCUGAAAACUCUUCAAACUCGGAAAGUGAAGGUAAAAAUAGAAAGAAGAAUAAAACACUAUUUAUUUCUAAGAAAAACAAAGCAGAUUUGAGUGAUUGACAUAAAAGGG